AUGGAAUUGGAGGAGGGCUCUUCUUGAACUGCAGAGAUGUGGAUAUUUGUGCAUUUAAUUUGACAAAUAAUCUCUUUAUCGAAAACGAGGCAAGCUAUAACGGGGGAGCUUAUUCUUGGAAUGACAUUAUGCCUUCAGUAUCUGGAAACACUUUUACGAAUAACUCAGCUGCAUAUGGCUCUGAUGUGUCGUCAUACCCAAUUUCAAUGACUCCUAUCUACACUUCUACAGGAAAUUCGACAAGAAGAUUAG